CUGACGUAGAAUAAACAGUGCAGGCAAUGGUGAUCCGGCUCAGGAAGCAGCAGUUUAUGGAUGACUGGUGCUUAUAAAUUGGCCAGAGUGCAAUGCAGAAUCACGCAAGAGGACGGCCAAUCGUAAAAAAUGACCACACAGAGAGUGACUGGCAAGGCCUGGUCAGUGAGUUCCUUGUGUGUAAAAGGAAGCUUGAGAGCAAGAAAGAGGCUUUACUCAUCCUUUCCAAAGAGCUGGACACAUGCCAGCAAGAGAGGGACCAGUACAGGCUGAUGGCAAACCAGCUACGGGAGAGGCACCAGUCAUUGAAAAAGAAAUAUCGGGAGCUCAUUGAUGGAGAUCCUUCACUUCCACCAGAGAAAAGAAAACAGGUGAAUCUGGCGGAACUGCUGGGGGAGGCACGGGAAAGGAGCAAAAAGCUGGAGCAGGAGAUAAAGGAGCUGCAGCAGAGACUGGGAGAAGUACAAGGAGACAAUAAGCUGCUGAGAAUGACAAUAGCCAAACAGAGAGUGGGGGACGAUGAAGUUGGCGUUCGCCAUUUUGCACCCCAUGAAAGAGAAGAUCUUGUUCUGCAGCUGGAGAAGACAAGAGAGCAGAUAGAAGCUCUGGAACACGACCUCAGAGCUGCACUGGACGAGCUCCAAGACGUGAAGCAAGAACGCUCGUUCUUUCAGGAUAAAGCGGACAGGUUGAACCAAGAACUUAACCAUGUUCUAGGUGGUGAUGAAAAGAGGAUCAUUGAUGUGGAUGCACUGUGCAUGGAGAACAGAUAUUUGCAGGAGAGGCUGAAACAACUGCAAGAGGAGGUUAACCUGCAGAAAAACAACAUUGUCAAAUACAAGAAUGCUUUGGAGAGGAGGAAGAAUUCCAAGUCAAGUGGCAAGUCAAACAGCAGUGCUCUUACUGGGGUUCUUUCUGCAAAACAAGUUCAGGAGUUAUUAUCGGAGGACCAAGGCUGUAGCCUUCCUGCCACUCCGCAGUCCAUCUCUGAUCUGAAGUCUCUGGCUACUGCUCUGCUGGAAACCAUCCAUGAGAAAAAUAUGGUCAUUCAGCACCAAAGACAAACCAACAAAAUUCUAGGUAAUAGAGUGGCGGAGUUGGAGAAGAAACUCCGCACAUUAGAAGUGUCUGGACUGUGGAGUCUUCCAGGCCUCAGCUACAAUGUCUCUGUGGGAGUUGGGCGGGGACGGGAUACCAUCUCACUACUUGAUUCAUCAAUAACAAACCCACAGCAUCCAAAGUCACCAAUGAUCACGUUUACAGAGGUGCCUUGUCACAAACCUCUGACCUAUGAAGCACACAGACAACAAAGUGUUGACAUCCGCUAUAGUGAUUUGCACAUGCAAACCAACAAAGAGACCACAAAACCACUGGAAAAAGAUCCGCUGGGUAAUACUUUCGAAAACAUGUAUCUUCAUCCUUUAAUCCCUCUUUUAUGCUCAGAGAAAGACGAACUGGAGAAGAGAGGGACUGAGAUAAUUGAACUAACUGAGGAACUGGUAACAGCUGAGCUGGAAGAUAACCACCUUGUAAAUUCAGUUAAAGGACACCGUGCUGCAGAUGUGGCACCCCCUUUUGAUAACUUUGAGACUCCAUUGUCCAGUCCAGGACUCGCUGACCAGUUGGGAUCUGAGGUAUUAUCAGCUGGAAGCUUAGACAAAUCACAAGACUCUGCUGAUGGAAGCUUAGACAGUGCUAGUCUCCAAAACUGUGUGGACAUAAAAGAGGGACUUUCUGAGUCCUCUUUGACAGAAGAGUCAUCAAAACCUCUUGCUAGUGAUGAAAGUGUUGGAAAAGGAGUAGAAGAGAAUGGAUCAUGACCAAAUGUCCACUGUUUCCAAAGAUGUGUCUUGAUUUGUUCAAACAAUGUUGGUUUUAUUUAUUUGAAAUGUUUUCCCAAAGUUGAAUGUUAUUUCUUUUUUAUAGUCCAUUGUUAAAACUAAGACUGAUAAACCUAAAACACAAGUUACACCAUUAUAAGAAGUGCAUGUAAAAUGUGGGAAGCUAUACAAUUAAAGAGGAUAUUGGCUCUAUAAUGCUAUAAACAGGAACUGCUCCUUUCAGCCAGAAAUGGCUCACAAUUUCAAGUGAUUGGUUUAAAAAAAAUCUGAAACUAAAGUGAACCUUUUGUUAGAAUUCACAGUCCAGUUUAAAACAUGGGCACAUUCCAAAAUUGGUAAAUAUUAUUGUAGCUAAAAAAAAAUCAUUAAUAAAAACUGCUGUAUCCCAUCUCCUUGCCUGAUUGGCUUGAUACCGCUACCUCUAUCUGCUGACUUGCCUGUUUGUUUAUUUUUAUUUUUUUACAGGCCUUCCAUAUCAUUCAGCAACUGUAGGAUAAAACUGGAUAUUUUAAUCUAGAACUUCAGUUGUAUAUUUUAUUCUAGAACUUCAGUUUUAUUCUUGCAGGCUUCUCCUGGAAAAUUGAACAGGCAAAGUUUCUACAAAAACGGGUACCCGUAAAUUGGCUGAAAAGUAGCCUUCCCAGUGGACAGAAGGUUGCAAGAACAAAUCCAUGGCUUCACAAAUUGUUUGGUAAUGCUAAUAGGCUGAACCAUCCAUUAUUAGGGACUUCCAACAUAACUCCCUACUCCCCCUAUCCAAUUGGGGGCUCAUUACUUGACCUGUUGUAUCCUCUACAGUACAAAAUAAAUGAAAACCGAGGAGAGCGAUGCCAUCGCACAUAUUCCUGCUGUGAAUAGUCAAUACAGCAUGUAAAGAAAUGUAAAACUGGUAAGAAAAUUAACCUCCUGGCAUAAAAUAAAAUAUAUCAGCUUUAGGAGGACCAGUAGUGUAUUAAUAUGAGCAAUGCAACUUGUGUUUUAGAUAUUAUGCUCAUUUCAGUCUGAACAUUUCAAUGAUGUCCUUCCUUUGUGUCCUUGAGUGUUUAGUAAGGUUUGUGAGGGCUGCUUGAGCUUUGUAUACUGUGUCUUGGAGUAAGUGUAUGUCUGUUUUUUUGUAUGUAAAUGCUAAAUCAUUGUUCAAUAAGAGAUAUAUCAGUGUUAUAAAUUCAUUAUAAGUAAUUAUAUUUUUAUGUUCUCAGACAAAUGUAAACCAUGUUAAUAAAGACAGACGUAAAAGACUAGUCUACCCAAAA